CGCAGACUAACCUAGCAUAAUCAAUCAACUCAGUUUAUUUACUAGAUUAAGAGAUCCAUAAUCCAAAUGCCCCUCAAGACCGUCUUUAUCACCGGCUGCGGUCCGGGUGGCAUCGGUUCGGCCCUUGCGACGGAGUUCCAUCUGCGGGGCCACCGCGUCAUCGCCUCAUCGGACGAUCUGCCCACACACCUCCAGGAUAUCGGCAUCGAGACGAUGGUCUUAGAUGUCACGUCGCAAGACUCGAUCAACAAGGCCGUAGCGCACGUGUCCAAGCUCACAGACGGCAAGCUAGAUGUCCUGAUUAACAAUGCUGGCGUCUUGCACGUUAUGCCCUUCGCGCACACCGACGUCGCAGCUGCGCGCCGCGUCCUCGAUGUCAACGUGUUGGGCGUGUUCGCCGUGACGCAGGCUUUUAUUCCGCUCCUCAUAAGUGCCGCCGCCGCCGCUAGGAAGAACAGCGGCAGCAGUGGAAGGGAAACUGCGCUAGUAGCGAAUAUCGGCAGCGUUAACACCCAACUUAAGCCAGCUUUCUUCGGCAUUUAUAACGCAUCGAAGGCAGCUCUUGACGUUCUAGGCGCCACCAUCCGCCCUGAAUUGGCGCCGCUAGGGAUCCGCGUCGUGACUGUCAAGACGGGUGCCGUCCGGACCGGACUCUUCGCCAACGCGCCCCCGACAAAAUUACCUGAGGAUAGUCCGUAUCAGCCGCUGCGGGAGUAUAUUGAAAGUCGGAAAAUGCUGGAGCGAAUACACUACAUAGAGCCCGCGACGUAUGCGAAGAAGGUAGUUGAUGAGCUGCUUAAACGCACUGUAAAGCCUGUCAUUUGGUACGGUCCCAUGUCGACAAUUGCCUGGAUCUUGAGUUGGCUUGGUUGGGAAGGGAUGACGGACAGUAUCUACAUUAGAGAGAACUUGUUAUAUAAGUGCGUUAUAAGUAAAUAGUGCUUUUAAGUCAACUAAGCCAGUCCCAUUAUCACAAGUUUUUGAUUUAAAAAAGAUUAAAAGAUUUGCCUAAAAGAUAUAUAUUAUUAAACGGGGAGGAUGGUAAAAGAGUCUUUCAUACUAAUUAAUAAUAAUUGGAUUAAUAAAAAAGUAAGCCUUCACCAUAUAUAAAUGGUACUUGAGAAGUGCAAAAGAAAGGGUUUGGCCGGGGAUUGAACCCGGGACCUCUCGCAUGCUAUUGCAAAGGGUGUACCCUAAGCGAGAAUCAUACCACUAG